AUGUCUUCCUCACUCAUGCCCCGCAGCGACUCCUUCAACGCCCGCGUCCGCGGCACCAGUCACAUCGACUUCAAGACUGCCACAACCGGCGUCGCUGCAAAGUCAAUGCGCAACGAGAUCUCCCGUCUCGUCUCCACUGUCGAGGAUCCUGCCACAAAAAAGGCCUUUGACACAGAGAUGCAGUCCUUUUUCUAUCUCUUCACCAGGUAUCUCGCCGAGCGUGCAAAAAGCGUCGAUCUUGACUGGGAUCGCAUCAAGUCCCCUGCUGAUGACCAGAUCAUCCCCUACGCCAACCUCCCUGCCCCUAAAAACUCCUCCAACCUCAACAAGCUUGCCGUGCUCAAGGUCAACGGUGGUCUCGGUACAUCUAUGGGCAUGACCGGCGCAAAGAGUGCCCUCGAAGUCAAGGACGACAUGACCUUCCUUGAUCUCACUGUUCGUCAGAUCGAGCAUCUCAACACUACCCACCGCGUCGAUGUCCCCCUCAUCCUCAUGACCUCAUUCAACACACAUGACGACACGCUCCGCAUCAUCAAGAAAUACGCCAACCAGCAGCUCCGUAUCACCACCUUCAACCAAUCCCGCUACCCCCGUAUCUUCAAGGAGACCCUUCUCCCCUGCCCAAAGCGCGCCGAUGACGACAAGAAGCACUGGUACCCUCCUGGCCACGGAGAUCUCUACAACGCUCUCCUCCACUCUGGCGUCCUCGAUCAGCUCAUUGCUGAAGGCAAGGAGUACCUUUUCGUAUCCAACUCUGAUAACUUGGGUGCCGUUGUCGACGAGAGUAUCCUUCAGCACAUGAUUGACACUAAUGCCGAGUUCAUCAUGGAGGUCACUGACAAGACCAAGGCUGAUAUCAAGGGUGGAACUCUUAUUGAUUAUGAUGGCUCUGUCCGUCUCCUUGAAAUCGCCCAGGUUCCUUCAGAGCACGUCGAGGACUUCAAAUCCAUCCGCAAGUUCAAGAUCUUCAACACCAACAACUUGUGGAUCAACUUGAAAGCUCUUAAGCGCAUCAUGGACAAUGAGGGCCUUGAACUCGAGAUCAUCAUCAACCCCAAGACCACCGAUGAUGGACAUGCCGUCAUUCAGCUCGAGACUGCUGCCGGUGCUGCCAUCAAGCACUUCAAGAACGCUCACGGUAUCAACGUGCCCCGUAAACGCUUCUUGCCAGUGAAGAGCUGCUCCGAUCUUUUGUUGAUCAAGAGUGAUAUCUACUCACUCCAGCACGGACAACUCGUUAUCAAUGAGCAGAGGAUGUUCGAGACAACCCCGGUCAUUAAACUUGGUGACCACUUCAAAAAGAUCCAACAAUUCCAGAAGCGAUUCAAGAAGAUCCCCAAGAUCCUCGAACUCGACCAUUUGACCGUCACCGGUGACGUAUACUUUGGGCGCAACGUGACACUGCGUGGAACUGUCAUCGUGGUUGCCAACGAAGGACAGCGGAUCGAUAUUCCCGAUGGCUGCAUUCUAGAGAACAGGCUCCUCUCAGGAAACCUGAACAUGAUUGAACUCUAA